CUCCAUCAGUGAAACACCUCUCACAACAGUAUCACCUUCAGUGAAGCCCCUCCCACAACAAAUCACACCUUCAGUGAAGCUCCUCCCACAACAAUCACACCUUCAGUGAAGCUCCUCCCACAACAAUCACACCUUCAGUGAAGCUCCUCCCACUGCAGUUCAUCAAUAAAUGCUGGAAUAUUCCCAUCAGUCUACAAGUGAAGAGGAGCAUCAACGCAUCAGGAAGAAGUGAAAUCUGCAGAGACAGAGUUUAUUGAAGAACAGAGAGAACUUGAGAGAUCCAGAACCCUGCAGAACCAAACACACUGAAGAACAAACAGGUCUAAUGGAGGAGAAAAUACAUCAUGUCAAAACUGGAGAAAAAAUUCUUUCACAGACUGAAAGUAUUUCUUUAUUGAAAAGAAGAGACAAUAAAAGUUUCACCUGCACUCUGUGUGGAAAGAGUUUGACAUGCAAACAGAGUCUCAAGAUUCACAUGAGGAUCCACACUGGAGAGAAACCAUUCACAUGUGAUCAGUGUGGGAAGAGUUUCACACAAUCAUCAAACCUUAAGGGCCACAUGAACAUCCACACUGGAGAGAAACCGUUCACAUGUGAUCAGUGUGGGAAGAGAUUUGCACAACCUUCAAGCCUUAAGGUGCACAUGAACAUCCACACUGAAAAGAAACUGCACGGAUGUGAUCAAUGUGGAAAAACAUUUUCAUGGGCUUCAGGCUUGAGUAGACAUCUGAAUGUUCAUUUAAAGGAGAAACCACAUUCAUGUUCUUUGUGUGGAAAGAGUUUUUCACAACUGCAGUAUUUAAGAUACCAUCAGAAGAGACACACUGGUGUGAGAGAAUAUAUGUGCUUUGAGUGUGAGAAGACUUUUACUAUGGCUGAUGAUCUGAAACGUCACCAGAGGAUCCACACUGGAGAGAAACCUUACAAGUGUUCACACUGAAACAAGACAUUCAUUUAGUUAGGACAGCUAAAUUCACAUGAGAGGAUUCACUCUGGUGAGAAACCGUACUACUGUCUCGGAGACAUACAAUAAACCACAAUAACUAGUUUAUCUUCUUUCAAGUGCGACAUUGCAUCUCUUCUGUAUUAACCUGUCAUAAGCAGCCACAACAAGUGACAUAAUAACAAGAUCACAAUAAGUUAUAUAGUAUCAGGACCACUGCUUUCUAGUGCUAGAUCACUACCAUAUUAAUCUCUCUCUUAAACCGCACCUGGACGCCAAAGCACUGAACUCUCACAGCUGAAAGUGCUCUCUCAAACUUAUAAUUGUAACAGUUUCUCACUUCAGUGUGUUACAAACAUAAUUUUGGUGUCUUUGAAAAGAAGACCCUUUGGGCUUUACUUUUUAUCAACCAGAUUUGAUAAUUCUCAAAAAUAUUAAAAGUUAUUUUUUUUUUACCACACUGAUUUUUGUUGUUGUUGUUGUUUGUUAUAAAAAAUAAACUAAAUCAGUCCUGGAGCAAUCCAGAAAAGUAAUGGAUUCAAA